AUCACGGCUGCCCGGAUCCUGAAGGGUCAGUUACAAAACCGCUCUGGAGAGGAGACCAUCAUGAAUAUGGACACGUUCCCGUUUGUGGGUCUCGCCAAGGUGUACACGGUGGAUUUUCAGAUUCCUGACAGUGCAGCGACGGCUACAGCGUAUCUGUGUGGAGUCAAAACCAACCUGAACACUGUUGGUGUGAGCGCAGCCGCUCGCAACGGUGUGUGUCGCUCGCAGAAGGGCAACGAGGUCACCUCCAUCCUCAAAUGGGCUAAAGACGCAGGGAAGUCUGUGGGUAUAGUGACAACAACACGUGUUCAACACGCCACUCCUGCUGCUUCAUACGCUCACAGCGCCAGCCGGACGUGGUACAGUGAUGCUGACCUGCCGAAUUCUGCCGUCACUGGAGGCUGUAUGGACAUCGCCUCACAGCUGCUCCGAAACACCGACAUAGACGUGAUCAUCGGAGGAGGUCGGAAGUAUAUGACGCCUAAAGGGUUUCCUGAUCCGGAGUAUCCCGCAGACCUGAAAGCACAAGGACAGAGAAAAGACAACAGAAACCUCAUAAAUGAGUGGCUGAGCAUGAAGGAGGGAAAGGUUGCGAGAUACGUGUGGAAUAAGACAGACUUUGAUGCAGUGGAUCCUGAAAAGACAGAUUAUCUGAUGGCUCUCUUUGAGCCGGGAGAUCUUCGGUUUGAUGUAGAGAGAGAUCCCAGCAUGGAUCCCUCCAUCUCAGAAACCACGGAGAAAGCCAUUCAGAUCCUGAAGAAAAAUCCCAAAGGAUUCUUCCUGCUGGUCGAAGGUGGUCGUAUCGAUCAGGGACAUCAUGACAGUCGAGCAUCCAUGGCUCUGCAUGAGGCGGUUGCCCUUGACGACGCUGUCGCCCGCGGACUAGAGCUGACCAAUGAGGAGGAGACUCUGACAGUCGUCACAGCUGACCACUCCCACGCGUUUACUUUCAACGGCUACCCGUUCAGAGGGAACAGCAUUUUGGGUACAUUUCUGUUUGCAUGUGCGCUACAAUCUCCAAUCUUUGCCAUGGACCUUUUACCGUACUCAACUCUGAUGUACGGAAACGGACCGGGACACAAAAUCAUCGACAACAAGCGUCCAGACAUCCGUAACGUCGACACCACUGAUAAGGACUAUGUUCAGCAGUCGGCCGUCCCGCUGGAUUCUGAGACCCAUGGAGGCGAGGAUGUGGCUCUGUUUGCCCGUGGACCCAUGGCUCAUCUCUUCCAGGGAGUUUUCGAGCAGAACUACAUCGCACAUGCCAUGGCAUUCGCGGCCUGCGUUGGCACCAAUCAAGAGCACUGUGCUGCCACUGCUCAACCUGAUAAGAUUCCCUUCACAUCCACUGACCCGGGAAGCUCCGCCCCCAACACGCCCCUCGCUGCCAUGACGACAGUGAUGCUGAGCGUAUGGAUGAGUGUUUUACUGCACUGA